CACACGCGCUAAUGUGGGCUAAUAUACUGCCACUUUUGUGUUGUGAAAAAAAAAACGAAUAUUUUACUGUCUCUGCGUAAAUAACAUAAAGUCCACACAAGAGAACGUGCUAAAGAUAAUUAAUGCUUCCAGAUUGCAUCACAUCACACAAAAUGACAAAUACUCGAACUAUUGUAAUUGUUCUCCUUAUGGUACUUUGCAUCGCUUCGUACUGUAGCCCUUAUACACUGCGGCGUCGCCUGCAGAAUCGCUCCCAUCAGCUGCUGGACAGCAUUGGAGUGCAUUCCAAGCAGUUCAAUCCACUGCAACCGGUCACAAAUGGUGUACCACAGUACACGGAUAUCGACCGGAAUUUUCGCCAAUGGUUUCUCAUGCUUCGUGGAAGCAUGUUAAACGCAGGGCUGAAUAAAAUAACCGAACUCUACGGGAUCAGCAGACGUGAGGGCAAGAUGCAAGCUCCGAUUCCAAGUCGCGUUCCAUUUCCUUGCUCCCUCAACAAUACCAGAUCCCGCACUCCGCCCACCUCUGUGGAACGUCUGCGACCUGGCGAUAUAGACAUCGUGGCUUCCAUUGGAGAUUCCUUAUCCGCUGGCAAUGGCAUUGUAUCCAGCAAUGCGUUAGAUCUAAUCAAUGAGUUUCGCGGACUUUCCUUUUCCGGCGGAGGUUUGGGCACCUGGCGCACAGUCCUAACUCUGCCCAACAUACUAAAGGUCUUCAAUCCGAAUCUUUAUGGCUAUGCCACGGGUCACAGUCUGGUCGUAAAUCAUGAAAUUUCACACCUCAACAUUGCAGAGCCCAUGAUCAUGUCACAUGAUCUAAUGUAUCAGGCACGUGUGCUCAUCGAUCUGAUGCGACGCGAUCCACACGUGGAUUUGAAACGGCAUUGGAAACUGCUGACUGUUUUUGUGGGCAAUAAUGAUAUCUGCUCCGACAUGUGUCACUGGGAUGAUCAGGAGAAAGUGAUCGAACGACACGCUCGAGAUCUUCGUGAAGCUUUUCGACUGCUACGCGAUAAUGUGCCUCGCCUUCUGAUCAAUUUGGUGGCGGUGCCCGAUAUUUUAGCCACGAUGGGUCCGAUAAAGGAUGUACCCUUCGACUGUUUUCUGGUGCACCGUAUUGCCUGCAAUUGCCUGCUAAGCGAUCGUCUGACCGCAUCCGAGGCGAAGCAGCGACACUACAUGAUUCAGCGUUGGCAACAGGUUGAUCUGCAGGUGGCACGAUUGCCGGAGUUUCAGCGCGAAGACUUUGCUAUCAUUGGCCAUCCCAUGGUAACAAAUCUGUCCGUGCCCAAGCUUCCAAAUGGUAAUACGGAUUGGCGCGACUUCUCCCAUGACUGUUUCCACUUUAGCCAGCGUGCACACGCGAGCGCAGCAAGUUUGCUGUGGAAGGGCAUGUUCCUGCCGGAUGAGCAGAAACCACGUGCCAACAUACUGACCCAGCCCUUUGAAAGGUUCUUCUGUCCAAGCAGGGAGCAACCGUUCUUUGUGGUGCGACCCAGCUGAGAGUGCUGCACUUUGAUAAUAA